GUAGGUAAAAAAUAUACAACAAAGCAUAAACAAUAUGCCAAUAUGUAUGGCAUGUUUCGGCCACCCGUUUCCGACAAUCAUGUCAACACAUUACCAGAAAAAUGGUUUGACCAACGAGUCGAUCACUUUAACACUAGCGAUACCCGUACUUUCAAACAGCGAUACUUUAUAAACAAUAAAUAUUACAAAACUGGUGGACCAGUAUUUCUUUAUCUGGACGGAGAAUCCGAGGCCAUGGACUUUAUUAUAACAGAUGGUGCCGUUGCCAAGUAUGCCGAACAGUUCAAUGCAUUGGCCAUUGAUCUGGAGCACCGUUAUUACGGUAAAUCGGUUCCGACUGUGGAUCUAUCGGUUGAUAAUCUACGCUAUCUGUCCAGCGAACAGGCGCUCAAAGAUAUUGAACAGUUUAUCCUAAAACUAACCGAUAGUUUAUCGCUGGCCAAUAGUAAAUGGAUAGCAUUUGGCGGAUCGUAUGCGGGAAAUCUAGCCGCUUGGCUUCGGGAGAAAUACCCGCACGCAGUGGCCGGUUCGGUGGCCAGUAGUGCACCGGUUGAGGAUCGCUUUGAAUUCAGUAGAUAUUUUGGUGUUGUUAGCCAAGUAUUGGGCACCGACUGUACCAAUCAUAUCAGAGAUGCUGUCCAUCAAUUAGAGGAUCAGUUAAAGACACCGGAGGGCUGGCUAGUCAUCAGCAAACAGUUCAAUCUGUGUACACCAUUGAACGGUACAGACCAGCCGUCGGUUCAACUAAUGUGGUUUAAUCUGAUUAUGCCGUUUGCUGUGGCCGCCCAACACAAUGGUAAACCCGGUGUAAUCGGUGUACAACAGGUAUGCAAAGUGAUGGCCAACGAUGGUAUGGAUGAUAGGUCGUCCACACCAUUGCGGAGAUGGUCAAAAUUGCACAAACAGUUUAGCAAAGAUGAAUGUCUGGCCUAUGAUUAUGGAGAAGCAAUUAAAGCCUAUAAAAACAUUUCAAAGACAUCACCAGUGGUUCAAAUCGGAUCCCGACAAUGGACUUAUCAAACGUGCCAUGAGUUUGGCUACUUUCAGACGACUGGCCUCGAGGACAGUCCGUUCGGAUAUCGUUCAGUACCGGUUGAAUACUAUCUUAAACAGUGUGUCGACAUAUUUGGCAAACAAUUUACCCCACAGUUCAUCCAGAAAGCUGUCCAAACGACUAACACCUAUUACGGAGGUUUCCGACCUAACGUCACAAACGUUGCCUUUCCUAACGGUUCACUGGAUCCGUGGCACGCAUUGGGUGUAUUGGAGGACCUGAACAACAGUACCCGAGCUGUCUAUAUAAACGGUUCGUCCCAUUGUCUGGAUUUGUUUCCACCGCAAACCACUGACCCCCAGGAGCUGACCGAUGCCCGGAAAACAAUUGCAAAACAGUUGCAAUUGUUUUUGCAAUAA